AUGUCGUCCGACGACGAGCUCUCUGACCUCUCGUCGCUGUCGUCGCUCUCUCCAGCUCCCUCCGACGAUGAGUCCGACCUCCAAUUGCGCCCCGAGAAGGGCAUUCUCAAGUUCUUUCACAAGGUGCCCAAGCCCAAGACGACAAUCAAGCUCACAAACAAGAACAAGGGCAAGGCCGCUGCUCCAGCCGCAGCGAGCGUGGCAAAAAAGAACAAGAAAAAGGCGAGCGGAGGGGAUGCCGACAAGAAGCAGGACGAUAGCGACGAUAACGACGCGCCAGCAGCUAAGCGCGAACGGGAACCGUCGCCGCCGCACGAGUACGUGCUCGCGGACAACCAGGACAUUGCUACCGCUUUUUACGAGUUAAUAGACGGAAAGCUUACCCAUGAUGCCUACCACCAGUUCAUCGUUCUGUUCCGCAACCGCUUUGCCGAGGCCUUCUCGAAGAACAUGGUCAACUUCGGUCCCCAAGAGCUUGAACGCGACAUUGUCGAUAGCGUACCCAGCGAGCGCGUUGAGUACUUCCUGUGCGCGUUGCUCAAGCUUCUGUUGAACCGCCAGCAAGACGUAAAACCCGGCCAUUACCAUCGCGCCCUUGAAGAAGCCAUCCAGUCGCACAAGUCGCAAUGGGUCUCCGCUUGGAAAGAGAACCCUCUCGCCGACGGCAAGACGUUCCAGACUAUGACACCCGCCGAGCGCCUCACAUUGCUUCGCGCCCUGGUCCUGUGGGCCAUGUCCUCGUCCAAAGUUAUCCGCGACAUCAUCGACCAGUCAUACAAGGGCAAGCGGAAAGAUGAGGACGCCGACGUAUCUGUCUCUGUCCAGUCAUGGGGCAACGACAGUGACAAGCGGCGCUACUACCUUGUUGAGGGCCGCGACGACACGGCGUUCCGUGUCUAUCGCGAGAGCAACCCGGCCGGCUUCAUCAAUCGCACAUGGUGGAGCGUCGCGGGUUCCAUUGACGAGAUCAAGGUGCUGAUUGAGCGGCUCGAGACACACGACGGCGGCCCCAAGGCCCGGAAGCUGGCCAAGCGGCUCCAGGACGAGAUCCCUCGCUUCGAGGCGACCGAGGAGAAGCGUCGCCGCAGAGAAUACCGGCAACAGCAACGCGAUCGGUUCAAGCGCCCAGAGCCUGGUUUCUCGCUCUACGAGGGCCGCACACGUGGUAAGCGUAUAAAGUACACGUACUCGGACGACGAGGAAUUUUACACCGACUCAACGGACUUGCGCCGCUCCUCCCGCAACACCGGUACGCAUACCCCUGCGGAAUCCGUUACCACAGCCAGCGGACGUCAGAUCCGGGCACCCAGUCGGCUCAAUGGCGGGUUCAGCGCAACGGCAAGCGUUCAAGGCGACUCGGCAAUGGACGCAGAUGCAGAGGCUACAGGUGGUGAGGAGCGUGAGCUCUCGCUCGGUCCGACUGGCCGGCCACGCCGAUCAGCUGCUGUGAACCACAGCAUGAACGGUUGGAACAAGAAGCAGCAAGCGGAUGAGUAUGACGAGUACGACUCGCAAGCCGACGAGGAGGACGAGGAGGAGGAGGAUAACCACAGCGAGCCAGACCUCGGCGACGAUGAAGAAGACGAGGACGAGGAGGCCUUCGAUGAGGACAAGGAUGCUAUGCUUCUGGAUGACGAAGAGGAGGCCGAGCUGGCCGAUAAGAGCAACAGUAGUGUUAUGGUCAAGCUCCCCGUCAAGGCCGUGCUGGACCAGGGGACGGGCAAAUGGGAGAAGGGAGACGCGUCAAACGAAACCGCAGCGGCGUCGGAAGCCGGAGCCGCAGCGGCUACAUACACGCAGCGGCUCUCGGGCGCCUCGACACCGGUCAACGGUAACAGCAAAGAUCACGACUACGGCGAUGCCGACGCUACGAUGACGGGCUCGAUCACACAGGGCAGCGAUGCAACAGCAACGUCGCCGGUCGUACAGCACGUGACACCCACCGCGAAAGACGAGGCAUUGGCGGACAAGCCCGUAGACAACAUCAACAACAACGACGCGCUUCCGGAAGACGCCGCCAAGGAGCCCGUCCGCGCCGAGACGCCUGGCAAAGAGAACGGCGUACACGCAAACGCGACGUCGGCAGCACUGGCUUACCGGGGCAGCCCAGAGAAGACGCACCAGACACCGCGACCUGUGGAUGUUCCUGGAAACUAG